UAUAUACGUUGUGAAAAAUACAGAUCCGAAAAUAAAUUAUGUAUGCAUAAUUUAAAUGAGUCCUAAAGCAGAUGCAAUUGCUGAGGCAGUUCUUUCUUGCUUUGAUCAGCUGCCAGUAAAGCGGAAACCGGCUAUCCGUGACAAUGGCUUGCACGAAUGGGUUCCGCUGAGCGGCAUCGUCGCAGAAAAAGCUGGCAAAUUUGAGUGUUUAGCUCUGGCUACUGGGAUGAAAUGCCUUCCCGCAACAAAGAUGGCUAGUGCGAAUGGCGCUGUCUUACACGACUGGCAUGCCGAGAUAUUGGCGAUUCGAGCUUUCAAUCGGUAUUUACUGGAUGAAAUCAUCAACUCCAAUGAUUCGAUUCUUCUCCCAAGGAACAAAGCGUCCUCGAAUCCUGGCGAAAGAUCAACGCAGGCCUACGUCGUUGACCCGGCCGUCAAGCUUCACAUGUAUUGCUCAGAAGCUCCAUGUGGUGAUGCAAGCAUGGAGUUAACAAUGGGUGCUCAGGAUGAUGAAACGUCCUGGGAUCUACCACAGGAUCAGCCCCAUGACUUGCCUGGGAGAGCUUAUUUUUCAAGACUUGGCAUUGUUCGCCGGAAACCUGCCAGGAAUGACGCGCCAGUCACACUCUCAAAAUCAUGUUCAGACAAAAUGUCGUUGAAGCAGUUCACCUCCUUGCUGUCAUCUGCCACCGAAGUGGUUAUCUCCCCCGAGAACGCUUACAUUGACACAGUGGUGCUUCCAGAGUCUCAGUUUUCUGAUGUCGCUUGUCAAAGAGCGUUUUCAGCUACAGGGAGACUCUCAGCCUUGGAAAAUAGGAUGUGGGAUACCAGCCACACGUUUCAGCCGUUUACAAUAGCCACGACAACGCGUGAGUUCCAGUAUUCCAAGAGAUCGGUAUCAUCCAGGGCGGCCAAGAUAUCUGCCAGCAACCUUGCAGCAGUUUGGACCAGGGCUGGAUUAGAAGAGUCUACAAUCAACGGAAUUAUCCAAGGGCGCAAACUUGGUACCAGCAAGUCCGCCAGCGAAACAUCACGCCGACUCAUGUGGGCAGCUGCGGAACGUGCCAUGCGCACGCUUGCCCCCGAAGACGAGCUUCACCAGGAGUUGUUCUCCAGGGACUAUGAAUCGUUCAAAUCAAAUCCAGUGUUAGACGUCCGGAGGCGAGUGAAGGGGGAUGUCUGGCGGCUUGCGCUCACAGGCUGGUUGAGAAACGAGGGCGAUACGUCAUUCUCGCUCGAAUUAUAAAUGGCGCCAUGACUUGAUAUGAUGAUUUUAUGAUAAGAUGAGUAGCACAUGCUGAUAUUGCUUGUUCAGUAGCAUUCGAGAUGCAUCACACAUAACCGCAUAUAAUAAAAGACCUUUUGAUCAUAAAAAAGGAUGACAACGCUUGUUCCUUUAGAUUUGAUUUAUUUUCAUUUAUUUUUGCUUAUUCGAAUAGCGUAGGGGUAAGGUGUCCUUUCAUGAGGUAUCCUUACUCGACCUUGCUCUCGAAGUUCUCGCCCUCGACCAACUCGGGGAUCUCAUCAUCGUCCUCAUCCUCACCCUCACCCUUCUCGCCCUUCUGCAUGGCCUGGUAGCUCUCGGCAAGCUUGCGGAGGGAGGCGAGAGAGUCGGGGCCGAGCUGGUUGAGGAUACCGGGAACGAGCUCGGUAAGCUCCUUCUCCUCACCCUUGCCGUAGAUGGAGAAGGUGUUGGAGGGAACGGCGGCGUUGACUGUAGACAAAACGAGCGUUAGCGAAUGUAGACGACGGUGUUGCAGCACGAAUAGCAUUGCUUCAUUGGCAUCCUUCCAAGCUACAAUGACUGUGCAUCAAACAGUAUGCGGAUAUAACGUACCCUUGGGGGCGGCGAAGUGGAUGACGUUGCCGUCGGACUUGAACAUGUUGACCUCCUCGAUGCCCUGGAUGGGCUGGGUGUUGAGCUUCUUGAGGGUAGAGAGAAGCUUCAUGUCGUCGGCGCCGGAGCGGGCGGGAGCACGCUUAGCCUUUCUGCGGGGGGUACCCUUGGCGCUGCCACUAUAAUGCAUCACAAUGGUUAGCUAGUCCGGUACACGGUGUCGUCUCGCCGAUAUCAUCGUCGUCGUCGAUUCGUCAGAGGAAAGUGGAAGCUAGAUUACGU